AUGGGAUUGUUUUAUGCUAUUCCUUUUGGUAUGUUUGUUGAUAGUGGAGUUGGUUAUAAGAUCUUUAUAUACAUUAUUGCUCUUAUAAUACCUCCAUUCCUUGCUAUCUUUGUGAGAUACUUUAAAACCACGAGAGGUAAGUAUCAAAUUAUAAUUAUUGUUGUGGGCACGUGUUUCACAUUUGUGUCGUUUUUUAUGUUUGUGUGUGCUGUUGCGUGUACAGUGAAAUACCCAAGCACAUGGUCUUCUGCGAAUAUGACAAAGCGAAUUGAAUAUGAAACAAAACAUGAGUGUUGUAUAAACACAGAACAACAAGGGGUACUUUCCGACGUACCAACACUCAAAUUGAUCUAUUUCACUGAUUGUCCUUUUGUAAAAUAA